AAAUACCCCGAUUUCUUAUAAACCGAUCUCACCCCUCAAUAAAAAUUUGAUUCUUUGCGAACAUUUUUUAAUUUAGGGAUGAAUUUAGAAUCGGAAAUACUUUGUGUAUGUAUAAUGAAAUUAACCCAAUAUUGAAUUUACUAUUGUCUCCUUCAAAGGCGAUAACCCCUUUUCGUCGUCUCAAAAACCCUAACCUGAGAAGUUAGCUCUUUUGCUUCACUAUUGACAGUGAACAAAAAAUGGCUUCACAAAUGGCGAUCUUGACCAGAACACGAAUCCUACUCCGAGUAAGCCAAGCCAAAUCCAUUUCCAGCUUCCCUUUCCUCUCUCAAGAACCCCAACUUGCCGAGUCAGCCCACACGGCUGAAACUCAAACCACCCCUCUCCCUCCCAACCCAGCCUCCGGCAGCCCCCUUUACCACGAGAACUGGCGAGACCCAAACGCAGCCAGAAAAACAACCUCCCUAGCGCAAUCCCUUAUUCCCCUCGGCUUCCUCAGCCAAACUCCUGGCCAACGGAUUCAAUACCUCUCCCAAAUCCUUGAUGCCCCUGCUUUAAUGAACCAUUUUGCUGAUUUGAUGACUCAGCAACGAUGGACCGACGUGAAAGAGCUAUUUGAGUUCUGGGUUCGAUCGCUGGAUAAGAAUGGGAAGCCCAAUAAGCCCGAUGUGAAUCUUUAUAAUCAGUAUUUGAGGGCUAGUUUUAUGAUCGGAGCAUCGGCAGGUGAUUUGCUUGAUUUGGUGGCGCAAAUGGACGAGUUUGCCAUUGUUCCCAAUACAGCGACCUUUAAUUUCGUUUUAAAGGCUAUGAAGCAAGCUAAGGAAACUGAAGCUGCUGAGAAGCUGCUUGAACGGAUGCUGCAAGGUGGAACAGAAUCUCUGCCUGACGAUGAGACUUAUGAUUUGGUUAUUGGAAUGCUAUUUGAGUCACAACAGUUUGAAGCAGCCUUGAAUCAUAUUGAUAUGGCCUUAAAAUCUGGAUAUAAGUUGUCCAUGCGAGUUUUUACAGAAUGUGUGGCAUGCUGUGUUAAACAAGGCCGGCUUGAUGAAUUGGCCACUGUCAUUGAGAUGUGCAAGACAACAGAUCAGAAUAGAGCUCUUUAUCCAAAUUGGACUUUGUGCAACUAUCUUGCAGAAGUUGCAAUGCAAGCAGAUAACAGCAAGCUAGCAUUUUAUGCCUUGGAAUUUAUGGCCAAAUGGAUUGCUCGGGGUGAAAAUGCAAGGCCGCCUUUCUUGCUUUCUGUAGAUGAAGGAUUAAUUGUCUCAGCACUUGUAACUGCGGGUAGGACAUACAGUUCAAAACUGUUGGAUGUGUCCUGGGCAAUCCUACGGCGUUCAUUGCGUCAAAAGAAGGUGCCCAACCCUGAAUCUUUCCUUGGGAAGAUUUAUGCACAUGCAUCAUUGGGGAAUCUGCAGAAAGCUUUUGGCACGUUGCAUGAGUUUGAGGCUACUCAUGGCAAGUCCACUAACGAAGCAGAAGACCUGUUCUCACCUUUCACCUCUUUAUAUCCCUUGGUUGUGGCUUGCUCCAAGAAUGGUUUUGAGACUUUGGAUUCAGUAUAUUUUCAACUUGAGAACUUAAGUCGUGCAGAUCCUCCAUACAAGUCUGUUGCCGCUCUGAAUUGUAUAAUUUUGGGAUGUGGAAACAUAUGGGAUAUCGAGCGUGCCUACCAAACAUUUGAUGCAAUAAGUUCCUCUUUUGGGUUGACCCCUGACAUUCAUUCAUAUAAUGCUCUAAUCUAUGCAUUUGGAAAGCUGAAGAAAACUUUUGAAGCUUCAAGGGUGUUUGAGCACAUGCUGAGCUUGGGUGUGAAACCCAAUGCUAAGUCAUAUUCGUUGCUUAUUGAUGCUCAUCUCAUCAAUCGAGAUCAAAAAGCUGCUCUCUCUAUGAUUGACAAGAUGGUGACCUCUGGAUUUGUACCAUCCAAAGAAACACUAAAAAGGGUCAGAAGGCGAUGCAUACGAGAGAUGGACUACGAGUGCGAUGAUAAAGUUGAAUCUCUGGCUAAGAAAUUCAGGAUCAGGAUGGGCUCUGAAAAUCGCAGGGGCAUCCUUUUUGAUCUUGACUAUGGCACUGAAUAUGCAUCAUAGGCAAGUUAUGAAGUCUUAAGGUAUCAAUACUUGUGCUUGGGACUACAUGAUGCUUGAAAUUAUCAAGAGGGACAAUUGGGGUUAACCAGGUUCCGAUGAAGUAAUCAACCCAUUUGUUAUUAGAUUUUUGUCAAUUCUGAGCCUUUGGAGGAUAAAUGUCGUGUUCUUAGCUUGUGAUUUCCCCCCUCUAAUAUCUCAAUUCUCUUUUUUUCACCCUUUAUAUGCUUUCUGAGGAAUAGGAACAGAAAAAAGUUAGGAAAAGGUAUUCGCAUGUUGACAAAUAAAUGUCUUUUCUUUUUUGCACCUUUUAAUCAAAUAAUUUCGCAA